UCUUCAUGAAGAAAAAGAGGAAGAAAGAACUAAUGGGAUCGUUUAUCAUUUACGAAAAACUUCAAAACGCACAAGUGAAGCGAGCUUAAAAUUUUGUGUUGUGUGUCAGCUUGUAAAUUCAGUAUCUCGAAAGUAAGAACCAGACGCUCGGCAACCUUCGGCAACCUUCCGACCGUGACACUCGAUUUGCCAUCAUUGUCGAUCGUAAUUCAUCGCAACUGAAAUUCUUUUCUUUUGCCUCCUGUUAUAUAUUCUCCUUCGGACGCACGCAUAUAGAUAGACAGACAAUAAUACCAUACUAACUAUUAUCGGUCUAGUUUUCCAAUCUUAAAAAGUAAUAAUUUCAAUAGGUCAGUCAAUUGAAUCGUGAUCAAAUUUUUCAUAGAAGAUCCAUCAUUAAAUCAACUUCAAACAAGAGUUAUUCAGCAUCACGUUAUUCGUACAUUGUCCUUUCUGUCGUUUCUAAAGAGAAAAAGGGGAAAAAAAACAAAAAAAGAAAAAAAAAAGGAAAAAUCAGAGGAAAGAAGAGGAAAGUCACAUGGUGAUCGAUUAUUUUGUGAAAAUCAAGAAAGAGAAGCAAUUUACCAAAAAUCAACAUCGAUCGGGGAAAUCGAAUUAUUUCUUUCAUUGUAGACGCAUCACAACCAAAAGCAGUAAGGAUGGCUGGGUCUCCAGUUAUAGAAAAUGAGAACAGAAUGGAGACUGUUGACGAGUCUUCUUAUAGUACUUUAGAUUUCCUUCUACUUGGAACUCUACUUUUGGUAGCCAUAUGGUGGCUUAUGCGCAGAAAUAAGCAAGAAGAUACUACAUUUACUACUAAAUCAUAUUCCAUUCAACCGACAUCAUUUACAUCAUUAACACCAUCAGAAAAUUCUUUUAUAAAAAAAUUAAUAUCUUCUGGUCGAAGUUUAGUUGUAUUUUACGGUAGUCAAACUGGAACCGGUGAAGAAUUUGCAGGCAGAUUAGCCAAGGAAGGUAUCCGAUAUAAAUUGAAGGGUAUGGUUGCAGAUCCAGAGGAAUGUGAGAUGGAAGAAUUAACGCAUAUGAAAAAAAUUAAAAAUAGCUUAGCAGUAUUUUGUUUAGCCACGUAUGGAGAAGGUGAUCCUACAGAUAAUGCAAUGGAAUUUGUUGAUUGGCUAAAGAAUGGAGAUCCAGAUCUUACAGGCCUAAAUUAUUCAGUAUUCGGACUUGGAAACAAAACUUAUGAACAUUACAAUGAGGUAGCUAUAUAUGUUGAUCAUAGAUUGGAACAAUUAGGUGCUACCCGUGUUUUUGAUUUGGGAUUAGGUGAUGAUGAUGCCAAUAUAGAAGAUGAUUUUAUUACUUGGAAGGACAAAUUUUGGCCAGCUGUCUGUGAAUUCUUUGGUAUUGAAGGUACAGGAGAAGAUGUCAGUAUUAGACAAUAUAAAUUGACGGAACAUGUUGAUAUUCUGCCUGAAUGUAUUUAUACUGGAGAAAUAGCACGUUUUCAUUCUUUUAAAAAUCAAAGACCACCAUAUGAUGCUAAAAAUCCUUUCUUGGCACCAAUCAAAGUCAACAAAGAAUUACAUGGUCCAACAUCUGAUAGAUCUUGUAUGCAUAUUGAGUUUGAUAUAGAAACAUCUAAAAUGCGUUAUGAAUCUGGCGAUCAUUUAGCUGUAUAUCCUGUUAACAGUGCAGAGUUGGUAAAUAAAAUUGGCGAAAAAUGUGGUAUUGAUUUAGAUACUGUAUUCACUCUUACUAAUACAGAUGAGGAAUCCACUAAAAAGCAUCCAUUUCCAUGUCCUUGUACAUAUAGAACUGCUUUAACUCAUUAUUUGGAUAUAACUGGUAAUCCAAGAACUCAUAUUUUAAAAGAGUUAUCAGAAUAUGCUAGUGAUCCAAUUGAUAAAGAGAAAUUAAAAUUGAUGGCUUCUACUAGUGCUGAAGGUAAAGCUGCUUAUCAGCAAUGGAUAGUACAAGAAAACAGAAAUAUUGUACACAUCUUAGAAGACAUCCCUAGUGUGAAACCAGCUUUGGAUCAUUUAUGUGAAAUUUUACCACGAUUACAAUGUCGUUAUUAUUCUAUUUCUUCAUCGCCGAAGCUUCAUCCAAAUUCAAUACAUAUUACUGCAGUUGUCGUGGAAUAUAAAACACUAACAGGUAGAAUUAAUAAAGGUGUAACAACCAGUUGGUUAAAAGAAAAACAUCCUUCGAACCCACCUUGCCUUGUUCCUAUAUUUGUACGAAAAUCACAAUUUCGUUUACCAACACGAUUGACUACCCCAAUUAUUAUGAUUGGACCUGGAACUGGUUUAGCACCAUUUAGAGGUUUUAUACAAGAACGAGACUUAGCUAAAAAAGAAGGUAAAGAAGUCGGUGAUACGAUUUUAUAUUUUGGAUGCAGAAAGAAGAACGAAGAUUAUUUGUAUAGAGAAGAAUUAGAAGAAUACGUAAACAGCGGCAUGUUAAAAUUGCAUAUUGCAUUUAGCAGAGAUCAACCUCAGAAAGUAUAUGUAACACAUUUACUUGAAAAUAAUAAAGAAGAAAUAUGGAGAGUCAUUGGUGAACAAAAUGGUCAUAUAUACGUCUGUGGUGAUGCUAGGAAUAUGGCUCGUGAUGUACAUAAUAUAUUACUAAAAGUUGUAAUGGAAAAAGGAAAUAUGUCAGAUAAAGAAGCAGCAGCAUAUAUUAAGAAAAUGGAUUCGCAAAAACGUUAUUCUAGUGAUGUUUGGAGUUGAAUGUUAUUUAAUAAUUUGAAUAUCUUAUAAAUUUAUAUAAAAUAAAAUUGUCUGUGCAAUAUUUGAUACAGACUAAUAUGUGAAUGUCAAA